AUGUCCAAAAUUUAUCCCAAUAUCAUCCAUAGUAUUGAUACGUUAAGCUCUUCGGAAAAUAACGGACAUACAAAUAGAAUGUACAAAAACGAGCAAGAAAUAAUAGAUACAGUAGGUAAGCUAUUUUUGACUGGUUUUGAUGGAACUGAAGUCACAAAUGAAGCUAAACUACUAAUUACCAAAUAUCGAGUAAGCUCAAUGAUCUUGAGCGGGAAAAACUUUAUCAAUGCAUCCCAAACAAAAAAGCUGUUAAAGGAUUUACAAACGCUAGCCUUUAAUUCAGGUUACAAAUACCCACUCAUAUUUUGCAUCGAUGAAGAAGGUGGAAUGUUAAAUUCAUUAUUUGACAAAAAAUAUCUUACACAAUUCCCAGGUGCAAUGGCAUUAGCUUCAACCGGGUCCGAAGAAGUAGUCUAUCAAGUUUAUAAGAAACUUGCCAUAGAAUUAAAGUCAAUUGGGUUUUCCAUGUAUCUCGGUCCUGUUUUGGAUGUUUUAAAAAACAUAAAUCCUUUACAACAACAAAUGAUUGGAGUCCGAUCCUUUGGCUAUGAUCCAGCCGUUGUUACAAAAUUUGGUAAAGCCGCGGCCAAAGCUUUUAAAGACACUGGCAUGUUUAAUUGUGGCAAACACUUUCCCGGCUAUGGGUCGGCCACAGUUAAUUCUAAUGUAGAAUUACCUAUGGUAUUGGAGAAUACAGAACAACUACUAAAUUUUAAUUUGGUCCCGUAUAAAAAUCUCAUAGAUGAAGAUCUUUUGGAUUCAGUAUUGGUUGGCGGUUGUGCUGUUCCUAGGAUAAAUGGAAAUGCUAUACAUGCAUGUUUAAGUCCAACAAUUGUAAAUAAUUUAGUGAGAGAAACUUUGAAUUUUGAAGGUGUUAUAGUAAGCGAGUGUUUAUUAAUGGAAGCUUUAGAUAGGACAUUUGGUGUUGUCCAAGGAUGCAUCUCUGCCUUUUCUGUGGGUUGCAAUUUGGUAAUGCUUUGUAGUAAUUUCAAGAUCCAAGAAGAAGCAAUGAAUGCUUUAAAAUCAGUGAUAGCAGAUAAUAUAUUAGAAAAAAAAGUAGUGGAGGACUCUGUUGCCAAAAUAGAAAACUUGCAGAAAAAAUUGCCCUCAUGGUCCGAAGUUUUAAAUUUGAAGGAUUUAAGUUCUAAAACUUUAAAAGAAGAUAGGCUCUUAUCCAAAUUAGCCUAUGAAAAGUCAAUUGCUAUAGUUAGAGAUAAUGGAAUUCCAAUAACAAAUUUUUUGAAACCUGGGCUAGAAACAGAAAAUACCAUAUUACUAUUAACCCCAUUAAUCACCCCACUAUACGAAACGAUAGACGAGAACGGUAACAGAUCACAUAUUAACUCAAAUGGAAUGCAUAAGGAUUUACGGUAUGGUGAAGACGUUUUCGUGGAACUAGGAAGGCAAUUGGCCGCCUAUAAAGAGGGGUACAAAGUCUUACAUCAAAGUUACAAUUCUAAUGGUCUAACAACUUUCCAUGAAGAACUCAUACUAAAGUCGAAGGUGGUGUUAUUCGUGUCUGCAGAGACAACAAGAAAUUUGUAUCAAGUAGGUGUUGCCAAACAUGUCUUUAUACUUUGUAACCAAACAAGGGCGAGAAACAAAGCGGCACAAAUGAUAAUAAUUAGUGUUUCUUCGCCAUUAGAUUUUUUAUAUGAUAUUAAUUUUGGAACAACGCCUACUGGUUACAUUUGCCUUUACGAUUACACGAAAAAUGCCUUGUCGAAUUUACCACAUGUUUUGUUUGGAGAUUUAAAACCAACUGGCAAAAUACCUGGGAUUUCUAUGUCAAAUGGUAAGCUUGGUACUUUAGAUAUGCAAAGGAAUAAGGAUACCGAUAAAAAGGGGAAAAACAGUUGGCUAGUGGAAACUUUUAAUUUUUCGAGAGAUUGGGAUAAGCUGAUUACUUUGCUAAAAAAUAAUAAUAUAGUGGAUUAUUCGGCAUCUGAUAUAUCAUUAAAAAAUUGGGAAAAUUUUUUCAAAACUGAAAACCAAGCACUGACUUGCUUCGUUAUUCGGAAUACAAGCUCCAAUUCAAUAUUGGGCAUUUCUGUCACAUGGAUCAGUACUGACUUCGAAGAUAUUAAGUCGUGUAUUGGGAAUAUUUUGUUGCUUUUAGUUGAUAAGAAUAAAAGGGGAAUUUCCAUUGGAAGCCAUUUAUAUACAAGGACAAUGAAAUACUUUUUUGACGAGUGCAGCUGUUUCAAAGUUUAUUUAUGCGGUGAGUUUCCAAAACUUUAUAUCAAAAACGAUUUACUUUUGGAGGCCACCGAAGAGAAUAGAAGCAGCUUGAACUUUUUUGGAUCAUUUUCCUGGGAUUUUGAUUUGUUCAAAAAAAGGGGUAAUGAAAAUAACUCCGUUAUAAGGAGGGAUAUUUAUAGAGAUAUGAGGUACCUGUUGAAGUUGGAUGAUGUUUCAAGUUGGAAGGUAUCCGAAAAUUUGGUUCGCCAACUACAAGUGGUUGGUAUUAUGUUUGACAUUUGCAAAAACCCAGAAGAAAUAAUUAGAUGUUACAAAAACAAGCAUGUAUUGAAAUCUGCGCCAGUGGCAGAAAAUUAUGAGCUAUAUUUGGAAAUAUAUCAGAGUCUUUUAUCCGAUGACAACGAAUACUUGGCCGAUGGUAAUUUGAACAUCAUUGUUGCUCUAGAACCAAAUAAGAGAUCUGUUGUGGGAAGCUUGAUUGUUUUUAAUAACAAUUCCAAAUUUGCUAAAUUUUAUCCGUUUUUGGAUUCAGGUGAUGCUGAUGUAGGUUAUUCAUGUAUUGCUGGCCAUUUCAUAGAUCCAUUGUACUAUACAUUAUCUGAAGUAUUUAAGCUCGGAUUAAUCUGCACAGCAUUAAUGUAUAUUAAAAGCAGAACACAGGGGACAGAAUAUCCAUGUUACAUUGUUGAUAUUGAGGGGAAACAAUUGAAUAGUUUACAUGAUAAUGGGUUUCAAACACUAAGUAAAUAUCAUAAUUUUUAUUCUGAAGUAAAAAAUACAUAA